CGCCCCCUCCCUGCCCACCCGCGCGGCGAGGGGACCCCGGGCCGCCCGGCCAUGCUAACCCUAAAGCGCUUCCUCGCCGGCCUCCAGCUGCUGUGCGUUUGCCGCCUGGAUUGGACUUAUGGAUACUACAGACAACAGAGAAAACUUGUUGAAGAGAUUGGCUGGUCCUACACAGGAGCACUUAAUCAGAAAAAUUGGGGAAAGAAAUAUCCAACGUGUAAUAGCCCCAAACAAUCACCUAUCAACAUUGAUGAAGAUCUUACACAAGUAAAUGUAAACCUGAAGAAACUUAAAUUUCAGAACUGGGAUAAAAGCUCUUUGGAAAACACGUUCAUUCACAACACUGGGAAAACAGUGGAAAUUAAUCUCACCAAUGACUACCGUCUCAGUGGAGGACUCUCAGAAGUGCUAUUCAAAGCAAGCAAAAUAACUUUUCAUUGGGGAAAAUGCAAUAUGUCUUCUGAUGGAUCAGAGCAUAGUUUAGAAGGGCAAAAAUUUCCACUGGAGAUGCAAAUCUACUGCUUUGACACAGAUCGAUUUUCAAGUUUUGAGGAAGCAAUUAAAGGAAAAGGGAGAUUAAGAGCGUUAUCCAUUUUAUUCGAGGUUGGAAUAGAAGAAAACUUGGAUUACAAGGCCAUUAUUGAUGGGGUUGAGAAUGUUAGUCGCUUUGGAAAGCAGGCUACCUUAGAUCCAUUCACGUUGCUGGACCUUUUGCCAAACUCUACUGACAAGUACUACAUUUACAAUGGCUCCUUGACGUCCCCGCCCUGUACAGACACGGUGGAGUGGAUUGUUUUUAAGGACACCGUGAGCAUCUCUGAAAGCCAGUUGGCUGUGUUUUGUGAGGUUCUGACGAUGCAGCAGUCGGGGUACGUCAUGCUGAUGGACUACUUACAAAACAAUUUUCGAGAACAACAGUACAAGUUCUCUAGGCAGGUGUUUUCUUCAUACACUGGAAAGGAAGAGAUUCACGAAGCAGUUUGCAGUUCAGAACCUGAAAAUGUGCAGGCUGACCCAGAAAAUUAUACCAGCCUUCUUGUCACCUGGGAAAGACCCCGAGUCGUUUACGAUACCAUGAUCGAGAAGUUCGCAGUUCUCUACCAGCAGUUAGAGGGAGACCAAACCAAGCAUGAAUUUUUAACAGAUGGCUAUCAAGACCUGGGUGCUAUUCUCAACAAUUUAAUACCCAAUGUGAGUUAUGUUCUUCAAAUAGUAGCCAUAUGUAGUAAUGGCUUAUAUGGGAAGUCUAGUGACCAACUGGUAGUGGACAUGCCUACAGACGAAGCAGAACUUGACCUUUUUCCAGAAUUAAUUGGAACUGAAGAAAUAAUCAAGGAGGGAGAAAGGAGGAAAAACACUGGAGAAGACACUGUUGCAAAUCCUGGUAGAGAUAGUACCACAAACCAGAUAAGAAAAAAGGAACCCCAGGUUUCUACCACAACUCACUAUAAUCACAUAGGGACUAAAUACAAUGAGGCCAAGACUAACCGAUCUCCAACGAGAGGAAGAAAAUUCUCUGGAAAGGUCUAUGUGCCUAACUCAUCUUUAAACUCCACUGCCCACCCAAUCAUUGAGCUCGACACAGAAAAGGAACUGUCUUUGCCUUCUGAGACUGUGACUGAACUCCCACCACAGACUGUGAAUGACGGCUCUAAAAGUGUCCUCAUAUUCCCCCAGAUGAACUUGUCUGGGACUGAAGAGUCUUCAAACACAAUUCCUAUCACGGAAUAUCAAGAGCUGUCUACUGACCUGGGAGAGGAAGAGAGCUUAUUGACUGAUUUCAAGUUUGAUGCUGGAUCUGAUGAUUAUUCAGGCUCCAGCCCAACGCCCUCCACCAGGCCGUUCUUCUCUGAGAACAUAUCUCGUGGAUACAUAUUCCCUUCAGAAACCCCAGAGGCCAUCCCCUAUGAUGUCCUUAAGCCAGAAUCAACAAGGAAUGCUUCAGACGAUUCAGCUUCUUCAGGCUCAGAAGAUGCACUGAAGGACCCUUCUAUGGAGGGCAGUAUGUGGUUUCCUAGCUCCCCAGAUGUGACCACACAGCCUGAUGUGGGUUCUGGUAGUGAGAGCAUUCUCCAAGCCAAUUACACUGAGAUGCGUAUGAAUGAAUCCCAGACCACAGCUGAGUCCUUUGCUUCAGGCCCCGUGGUGUCACAGAGUCCUUCAGCCACAGAUGUGGAGAUGCCACGUUAUUCUACCUUCACCUACCUCCCAACUGAGAGAACGCCUUAUGCUUUCACUCCAUCUCCCGGGCAACAUGAUUUGGUCCCCACGAUCAACAUGGUACACUCGCAGACAACUCAACCCGUGUACAAUGGUGAGACACCUCUUCAACCUUCCUACAGUAGUGAAGUCUUUCCUCUAGUCACCCCUUUGUUGCUUGACAAUCAGACCCUCAACACUACCCUUGCUGCUUCAAGUAGUGAUUCGGCCUUGCAUGUUGCGCCUGUAUUUCCCAGUGUUGAUGUGUCAUUUGAAUCCGUCCUGUCUUCCUAUGAGGGUGCACCUUUGCUUCCAUUUUCCUCUGCUUCCUUCAGUAGUGAAUUGUAUCGCCAUCUACAUACAGCUUCUCAAAUCCUCCCACAAGUUACUUCAGCUGCUGAAAGUGAUAAGAUGUCCUUGCAUGCUUCUCUGCCAGUGGCUGGGGGUGAUUUGCUAUUAGAGCCCAGCCUUGCUCAAUACCCUGAUGUGACGUCACAUCAGACUGCUGCUCCUGCUGCUUCGGAGACAUUGGAAUUUGGUAGCGAAUCCGGUGUCCUUUAUAAAACGCUUAUGUUUUCUCAAGUUGAACCAUCCAGCAGUCAUGCCAUGAUGCAUGCACAUUCUCCAGGGCCUGAAUCUCCUUAUGCCUUCUCUCAUCAUGAGGGCUCCCAACACGUCCUCUCUGUUCCUUACAGUUCUGCAAUACCUGUGCAUGAUUUUGUUGAUGUUUCUGAUCAGGGUUCUUUCCUUAGCAGCCCUAGCUACGUAUCUAUGAGUAGAUCUUCAUUUAUAACCCCAACUGCGUCCUUACAGCAGCCUACCCAAGCCCUCUCUGGUGAUGGGGAGUGGUCGGGAGCGUCCUCUGGUAAUGAAUUUAUUUCACCUGACACCGAUGGGUUAACAGCCCUUAACGUUUCUUCACCUGUUUCUGUAGCUGAAUUUACAUAUACAACAUCUGUCUUUGGUGGUGAUCCUAAGCAGCUUACUAGAAGUGAAAUGCUAAACGAGAAUGAGACUGAACUGCAGAUGUCUUCUUUCACUGGGAUGGCUUACCAUUCUGAAAGCACAGUCAUGCCACACAUGUACAAUAAUGUAAAUAAGUUGAAUGUGUCUUUACAAGAGACCUCUGUCACUAGUUCUAACAUAAAAGGCACACUUCCAGCGUCUCUUGCCUAUCCAGUCACCAAGGGUCUUGAGCAUGAGAUUAGUCAAGCUCCAGAAAAUAACUUCCCAGCUCAACCUUCACACAGUGUAGCUCGAGCCUUGGGUGAGAUUUCUCUGAAAGCUGUGCUCAGCACAAAUGCAGAGCCCACCUCCUCUGACCCUGCUUCUAGUGAAGUACUAUCUCCUUCAACCCAGCUCUUGUUCUAUGAAGCCUCAUCUCCUUUUAACACAGAAGCAUUGCUACAGCCUUCCUUCCUGGCUUCUGAGGUUGACACCUUGCUUAAAACUGCUCUCCCAGAUGUGGCUAGUGCUCCGGUAUUGGUUGACACCCCCAAAGUUGAUCAAAUUAGUUCUACAGUGUUGAAUCUCAUGGCAUCAGAUUCUGCUUCAAGUGAAAACAUGUGGCACUCUAUAGCUGUACCGAUAUCUGACGUAUCGCCUUCUUUUCAUACGCCCUCUGCCUCACUGCAAGGCUUAACAGUUUCUUACCCACGUGAGAAGUAUUUGGGGCCAGUUUUGCUUAAAAGCAAAAGUUCCCAGCAAGUGGUGCCUUCUUUGUUCCAAACUGUCCAUUUGGAGACUAACCAGGCCAUUCCCCCGGAAGGAAGGCAUACAUUUAUCACUCCUGUUUUAUCAAUUGAUGAACCAAGUGCACUUAAAACUAAGAUGACAUAUUCUGAUGAAGUAUUCGCCUCCACCAAAAGUUCUGUGGCAGAGGAGGGAUUUGCUGUCACUCCAACAGUUGUUUCUGAUAUGCUUGUAUCUGCUGAUGGUUCUGUUCCUGUAGGAAAUGGGUACAUUUCUGUUCCAGCUGUUUCUCCCAACAGAGAUGGGGCUGUGGCCACAACCAAGUCCCUGCUUCCUUCUACAGCUACCUUUAAGCUGAUUCAUAGUGCCAGAUCUGAUGCUGAUUUAGUGGGUGGUGGUGAAGAUGGUGAUGACGAUGGCGAUGAUGAUGAUAAUGCUGAUUAUGAUGAUGACAGAGAUAGUGAUGGCUUAUCUACCAAUAAGUGUAUGUCAUGCUCGUCCUAUAGAGAAUCACAGGAAAAGGUAAUGACUGACUCAGAUACCCAGGAUAAUGAUCUUGUGGAUCAGAAUGACCCAGUAUCAUAUUCCCUUUCUGAAAAUUCUGAAGAAGAAAAUAAAGUCGCAGGUGUAACUUCAGACAGUCAAAUUAGUGUAUACGGAAGUCCUGGUCUAUCACCACCCACAAAUACGCUAAUCCAGCAGCCCAGCGAUGGCAAGGAAGACAGUGACAUUCAGACUGGUAGUGCCCUACUUCCUCUUAGCCCAGAAUCUAAAGCCUGGGCAGUUCUGACGAGCGAUGAAGAGAGUGAAUCAGGGCAAGGUGCCUCAGAUAGCCUUAAUGAUAAUGAGACUUCCACAGAUUUCAGUUUCCCAGAUGCUGAUGGGGUCUUGGAAGCAGGUGACUCAGAAAUCCCUCCCGGAUCUCCACAUCAGUCCUCCACAUCAUCUGUCACUAGUGGGCACUCAGAAGUGUUCAACAGUUCAGAGGCAGAAGCCAGUAAUAGUAGCCAUGAGUCUCGUAUUGGUCUAGCUGAGGGGUUGGAAUCUGAGAAGAAGGCGGUCAUACCUCUCGUGAUCGUGUCAGCCCUGACUUUUAUCUGUCUAGUGGUUCUUGUUGGUAUUCUCAUCUACUGGAGAAAAUGCUUCCAGACAGCACAUUUUUAUUUAGAGGAUAGUACGUCCCCUCGAGUAAUAUCUACACCACCAACACCUGUCUUUCCAAUUUCAGAUGAUAUUGGAUCAAUACCAAUAAAACACUUUCCAAAGCAUGUUGCAGACUUACAUGCAAGUAAUGGGUUUACUGAAGAAUUUGAGACACUGAAAGAGUUUUACCAGGAAGUACAGAGCUGUACUGUUGACUUAGGUAUCACAGCCGACAGCUCAAACCACCCAGAUAACAAGCAUAAGAACCGAUACAUCAAUAUUGUUGCCUAUGAUCAUAGCAGGGUUAAGCUUGCCCAACUUGCUGAAAAGGAUGGAAAACUGACUGAUUACAUCAAUGCCAAUUAUGUUGAUGGCUACAACAGACCAAAGGCUUACAUAGCUGCCCAGGGUCCUCUCAAAUCCACAGCUGAAGACUUCUGGAGAAUGAUUUGGGAGCAUAAUGUGGAAGUUAUCGUCAUGAUAACCAACCUUGUGGAGAAAGGAAGGAGAAAAUGUGACCAGUACUGGCCUACCGAUGGUAGUGAAGAGUAUGGGAACUUUCUAGUCAGUCAGAAGAGUGUUCAAGUGCUUGCCUAUUAUACUGUGAGAAAUUUUACCCUCAGAAAUACAAAGUUCAAAAAGGGCUCCCAGAAAGGAAGACCCAGCGGGCGUGUGGUCACACAGUAUCACUACACCCAGUGGCCUGACAUGGGAGUGCCAGAGUACUCACUGCCAGUGCUGACCUUCGUGAGAAAAGCGGCCCACGCCAAGCGCCAUGCCGUGGGGCCUGUCGUCGUUCACUGCAGCGCUGGUGUUGGAAGAACAGGCACUUAUAUUGUGCUAGACAGUAUGUUGCAACAAAUUCAACACGAAGGAACUGUCAACAUAUUUGGCUUCUUAAAGCAUAUUCGAUCACAAAGAAAUUAUUUGGUGCAAACUGAGGAACAGUAUGUCUUCAUCCAUGAUACACUGGUUGAAGCCAUCCUCAGUAAAGAAACGGAGGUGCCAGACAAUCAUAUUCAUGCCUAUGUUAAUGCACUCCUCAUCCCAGCACCAACAGGCAAAACAAAACUGGAGAAGCAAUUCCAGCUUCUAAGUCAGUCAAACAUACAGCAGACUGAUUAUUGUACAGCCCUGAAACAGUGCAACAGGGAGAAGAACAGAACUUCCUCCAUCAUCCCUGUGGAAAGAUCGAGGGUGGGCAUUUCAUCCCUGAGUGGAGAGGGCACUGACUACAUCAAUGCCUCCUAUAUCAUGGGUUAUUACCAGAGCAAUGAAUUCAUCAUCACCCAGCAUCCACUUCUUCACACCAUCAAGGAUUUCUGGAGAAUGAUAUGGGACCAUAAUGCUCAGCUGGUAGUGAUGAUUCCUGAUGGUCAAAACAUGGCAGAAGAUGAAUUUGUUUACUGGCCAAAUAAAGAUGAACCUAUCAACUGUGACAGCUUUAAGGUUACUCUUAUGGCUGAAGAACACAAAUGUCUAUCUAAUGAAGAAAAGCUUAUAAUUCAAGAUUUUAUCUUAGAAGCUACACAGGAUGAUUAUGUACUUGAAGUGAGGCAUUUUCAGUGUCCCAAGUGGCCGAAUCCAGAUAGUCCCAUUAGUAAAACUUUUGAACUGAUCAGCAUUGUCAAAGAAGAAGCUGCCAGCAGGGAUGGGCCCAUGAUUGUUCAUGAUGAGCAUGGAGGAGUGACUGCAGGGACUUUCUGUGCUCUGACGACCCUUAUGCACCAACUAGAAAAAGAAAAUUCCAUGGAUGUUUACCAGGUAGCCAAGAUGAUCAAUUUGAUGAGGCCGGGAGUCUUCUCUGACAUUGAGCACUACCAGUUUCUCUACAAAGUGGUCCUGAGCCUUGUCAGCACAAGGCAGGAGGAAAAUCCAUCCACCUCUCUGGACAGUAAUGGUGCAGCAUUGCCUGAUGGAAAUAUAGCUGAGAGCUUGGAGUCUUUAGUUUAAUGCAGAAAGCGUGGGAGAGUCUACAUCUCAGCACUGUUCUUCUCUUUCUCAGAUGAAAGGACUGAGUCACUUCUGUUAUCCGUUCACCUUCCACACCUGACAGUAACUUCCAUGACAUAGGAAUCUGCUGCCAAUUUUACAUCAUUAACAACGUGUGCCUUUCCGAAAGACUACUUGUAAUUCACUUAUUAUGUUUGAACUAAAAUGAUUAAAUUUUACAGUAUUUCUAAGAAUGGAAUUGUGGUAUUUUUUUCCAUAUUGAUUUUAACAGAAAUGACCAAUUUGUAGAUUUUAGGAAUUCCCAGCUACAGAAAAUGUUUGGAGUUUGUGUGUGUGUGU